CGGCACAGCAACGCUCACAGCCUGGCUGUCUGACAGACACUGAAUGAGAACGCACUGAUAUCGGCUUCAAAAUGCUGAAGUUUCUACCUAAACUACUGCUGCUAGCACUAUUAGCCUUCCCGGCGUCACUUCUUGUCAAAGGGCCAGUGGUGAGCGCCCAAGAUCUGACUGAGGAUGAGGAGGCAGAGGCUGUGGAUGAAGAUGUUGUGGACGAUGUGACAGCAGAGGAUGAAGACGAUGAGGCAGAAGUGGAAGAUGACGAAAAUGUAGAAUUGACGGAAGAAAAAGAAGAUGAAGAAGAAGAAGCGUUGGUGGGAGAGGUGAAAGCUUCUCCAAAUGCUGACACCACCAUCCUGUUUGUCAAAGGAGAAGACUUCCCUGCUAACAACAUCGUAAAGUUCCUGCUUGGCUUCACCAACAAAGGAUCAGAGAACUUCAUUGUGGAGUCCCUGGACGCCUCUUUCCGUUACCCACAGGAUUACCAGUUCUACAUCCAGAACUUCACCGCUCUCCAGCUCGGCACCGUGGUUCCCUCCGGCAGACAGGCCACCUUCGAGUACUCCUUCAUCCCAGCAGAGCCAAUGGGAGGGCGGCCGUUCGGACUCGUUAUAAACCUCAAUUACAAGGACAGCAGUGGAAACAUUUUCCAGGAUGCAGUUUUCAACCAAACAGUCACAAUCACAGAGAAAGAAGAUGGACUAGAUGGAGAGACGAUCUUCAUGUAUGUCUUCCUGUCAGGCCUCGGGCUGUUGGUCAUUGUCGGCCUUCACCAGCUGCUGGAGUCGAGGAAGAGGAGGCGUCCUGCUCCAAAAGUGGAAAUGGGAACUUCGAGCCACAAUGAUGUCGACCUGAGCUGGAUCCCACAGGAAACGCUCAACCAGAUCAUGCAGAGUCGCAGAGACAAAGCAUCUCCAAAAAGAUCUCCUCGCAAAAGAAGCCAAAAGCGCUCAGCCGGAUCAGACGAGUGACGGGUGCCUGACGCCACGGCGGCAGAUCCUAUCCACCCAUCUACGUAGGAGGAGGAAAGGGAGGGAGGGCUGUGAGCGCCACGCUGAGCGCAACUCUGCCCCCUUUACUGAUGAACUUUAACCAGUGCCAAGCACAGCUAUGACUGGCUCUACUUUCAGCUUAAAAACUGUUCAGUACACAACCACAGACAUAUACAGACACAUAGACAGGCAGGUUUGUUUUCAGAAGAGAGGGGGAGGCAUCGUCUCGGAGCAGGUGUGUGGGGUUAAAGACAGGUGAGGACGUUUUUCUAUACUUAAUUUUAGAUGUUUGCCUUUGUAAGAGAACUGCUGUUUGAUCAUUAUGGGACACUUUUGAUUGUUUCUUUGUUUAUUACCUCCCACUCUGGUGUACGGCUGAAAAAUAAUGGUUAACCAAUCGGUUUGGCUUCAAAUAUGUUUAUGUUGUUGGAACUCCGGCUUUUACUUGUGAUAAACAUUUGUUGCUGUUUUUCUAUGUUUAAGACUAAACGGUCAUAUUCUACUCAAUCGCAAAAAUGAUCAUUGUUUUCAGCCCUACUCUGGUGUGUCAAACCGGUAACAAAUGCAGUUUUGUUUGUCGAUUGUUAACUUUUUCUGUAGUUUUGAGUUUGGAAAUUGUGUCAGAUCUCUUCUCUCAGCUCUGUAGCUUUUUUUUUUAUUCCUUUUCAAUGCACUGGUCCCGAGAAUAUUCGGAUAUGACAGAUUCACACUUCUGAUGCUGCAACAGAAAAGUCUACACAUCCCUCACAUCAUCCUCUUGUUAAAUAUAGCAGAGUCAAACAUUUUGAGCUCCUUUGGUCUGAAGGAACCUGCAAAAGGUUUUCAAUUAUGCUUUUAAAUCUGGGUUAAAAAAAUGCAACCAAAUGAAGAGUCAAAAAGAAGAGAAACGUAAAUGAGAGGAGCUUGCAAGAAUGGUUUCACUUGCAAUCCCAGUGUCAUUUUAUGUCCUGUUAUUGCAUGAAAACAGUCCUAGAAAAUCAAACUUUAUUUCAGUUAUGCUAAUUGUGGUGCUGCCUUUGAACCUGGCUCAUAAAAUGCUGGAUGAACUUGGUAUCAACGUGGUGAAAGCCAUGUGAAAAUCUAGUGUUUGGUUCACAAAAUAUGGAGGGAUAAUAUGGGCUUGUUCACGUUAAGGGAGGAGUCAAAGCAGAAAUUAAAGUCAUUAUUCUGACCUCUCAAACAUGAAUGUUUCUCGGUCAUCUCUGAAAGGAUUUUGGCCUUGGCUUUUGAACUUAUGAAGCAACAACAGCAACGAGGCUUUAAGACUUGACAACAGCAUGAUAGACAUUUUCACUGCACUCAUUUGAAGACAAAUAGCAGAAUUAAAGAGUUUUACUUCACAAUUUUGACUCAAAAGGAUCUCAAAAGUCUGCUGAAAUAAUGAGGAAUGCCCACAAGUUAGGAUACCACAUCAGCAGGGUGGCAACAUAACUCCAUAGGCUCCUUUUUUCCUGUUUAUGAUUAGAUCUGCAAACCUAAAACAGGAAAAAAGGAGCAGCCGAAGUGUCUUUAAAACCUGUCCGCUAAUCCGUUGACAUCCGUCAGCUCAACAAUUCUCUUCCACUUCAAUCUCAACACACCAAAUGAAAUCUCCGAAGCUCACAGGUUACAGAAACUAAGGGAAAUCUUUCACUGCAUAAUUUCAAAUAAGCUCAACGGUAUGAAAGCCCUGAGAGGCAAGAAAGAAAAAAAGCUUGAUGCAUUUUUCAAGUCCGGUAAAAUUGUUCACUCUCUGCUGAGUUUAUAGUCAAAAAAAAAAAAACAACAACAAAAAUGCCAACUUCAAUGCCAGAAUAGCCGUUAAACUACUUUACUUCUUAUUGCAGCUUUUUUAAGAAUUUUGAUCUCUUGCUUUUUUUUUUUUUUGGUUUCUAAUUAACCCACCUUUAAAAAUGGAUGCAAAAAAUCUAUUCAGUGCUUAAACAUUUUCUCUCAAUGAUGAAAUUAAUAACUCCUUUCAUUUUGUCUGUGGAAACCAGAGAAAACUGCUAUACAAGGUGAUGUUUUCUUGGAUCAUUUAUUUUUUAGUGUUUGGACAUGUUCUUCUUUUGAAACAAAAAUGUCCUUGAUUGAAUUUGUUUUUUUUUUUCCAUGCAAGCAUUUGUCUUAAUACUGACUCUUGCAAAAAAAAAAAAGAAUAUGCAGUAUUUUUAUUACAUAUAUCUUCUUGCAGUCUAAACAAAAGGAAGCUCCAAAUAGUGUAUUGUAUGGAAGCCCAAAAAGACCAUUGCAUAGGCCUUUUUGGGGGUUUUUUUGUUUGUUUUUUGGUAUAACAAUGCUGUUUUUCAUGUUAUGAGUAAAAAAAAAUUCAGCUGUUUUUCGAGAUCUUGACACAACAGUGAAUCACAGGAAAACUAGCAUUGCUAGUGUGAGGAAACUUAAUCAAUACCCUGAAAAAAAAAAAACAAUAUAAGUCUUUAUCAUGGCAAAAGCAGCAUUUCUAUCCUGAUAUGAAUAACUCAAGAUUUGAAUGAAACAACAGAAAAGUAUUUAUCAGAGCAAAAUAGAUAGUGUGGAUGUAUGUCUGCGGAAAAUGUUCAGAUUUUUUCACUACAUAGAGGAAUUAAAAUGGCUUACUUUGGUACAGGACAGUGUCAGAGCCACAUUUAAGAAAAAAUAAUCCAAAUACUUGCACUUAAAUUCUUUCAUUUUGAACAAAUUUACAAUAAUGAAGUCAUUAUGUUGCUAUGCAUGGCUAUGCUAUGGCUAGAUAUUUCACAAGUUUUUCUCAGUCUGCCCUGGGGUUUUCUCCUCUUUGGCAAGCCCAGAAGACCUCCAAAUUGAAGCGAUCAGGAGAAAUCCCUCUCCAGAAUAGUAUUUUCUGGUCCCUCCUGAGGGAUUCUGAGGUGUUUACAGGCUGGGUGGGAUGUGUAAUCCCUAAAGUAACUUUUGGGUGUGCCUUGGGUUUAAUACAUUUGGACAUGCCUGGAAGACCUCCAAAUGGAGGCAAUCAGGAGACAUCCCUCUCCCUAGUGGCAUAUUCCAGCUCCUUCUGGAGGAUUCUGAGGUAUUCACAGGCCACAUGGGAUAUUUAAUCCCUCCAGUUACUUUUAGGUCUGCCCUGGUGUCUCCUCCCAUUUGGACGUGUCUGGAACGCCUCAAAAGAGAGGCAACCAUUUUGAUCAGAUGCCCAAACCAACUUAACUUGGUCCAUUCAAUGUGAAGGAGCAGUGGCUCUACUCUGAGCUCCUCCCCUAUCUCCAGACGCCCUUUUGAGGAAACUCAUUUCAAACACUAGUAUCUCAUAAUGACUCGCUCUUAUUAAAAUUUUAUUCUCUGCCUAUGAGACUUAAUAGUUGAAAUCAAAAAAGUUUGAAUCUUCUUGAAUGUGGCCCUAACAAUGCCCUAAAUAAAUAAGACAGUCUUAAAGUCAGUAGAGUAGGUCAUUGAUUUCUGACUGAAGAAAUGGAUCUUUAUUCUUCUCUUCUUGUCCAUUAAGGGGUUAAAAGUCCUUGACGUGUGCCUGUUUUCUACUUUUCUCGCUUCUCUCUUUAACCAUCUUUUUCAUAAUCAGACCGUUAUUCUGAAAGUAAAUCUGAGUCUUUUUGUUUUAUUUUGAAAUGUAAAAAUGUUGAACUGGCUGAAGCACUGGUGUAAAUACUGGCUGAUGGUAGACGACUGCAAAUUUACUGAGCUAAUUUAUUAGACUGGGCUGACAGACAGGGCAGGGGUUUGUGCACUGUUUUUUUUUUUUUAUUAUUUUACCACUAGGGGGCGGCACUGAUUCACUCUGCAGGCUCUGGGCUCGGUUUAGAGUACCUGUUCUGCAGAGUUUUAAAGCUUUGUGGUUCUGUGAGGACAUGACCUCUGAGUUUGGAUCCAGACUUCUGUUUCAUGUUGGUUUAUACUGCUGAAAAUCAGACAAGCAGCAGAAACAUAAAACUAACACUCGUCUGAUACGGAUCACAGAUCCUCAGAGAGCUGAGCUGAUGUUUAGUUUUGUUUUUUUAUUCUCUAAAAUGACGGGAUGUCUUUCACAGAUCCAAGCUUCUACUUUCAUUUGCUUUUAAAUGUGCAGAGAAUAAACUUUGAUGAUUUGCUGUA